AUGACUCCCUCCUUGGAAGAAGAAGAAGAUAUCGACUUCGACGACCCACGCUUCUUAAUCGAACCCGCACCCAACGCAUCCACCUCCUCCUUCGAACUAACCUACGCCGAUCGUCGAAGACGAACGGUAGGAAGAGGAAGGGAGAAAGCUUGGGCUUCGAAUUUCGAGCAGAGUAAGGUUGGGAGAGCGGAGAGGGAGAGGGAGGUGAGGGAGGAAGGGUUGAGGAGGGAUUUGAUUAGGGAGGAGGAGGAGGAGGUCGGGCAGGUGGGGAGAGGUGGGAGGGGGAAUGUUGGGUUGAGAAUGAUGAAGUACGUUUGGGUACCUUUUUUUUUUGGAGGGGAUGGACGUGGGGGUUCAAGGGGGAUACGGUCGCUGAUUAAGGGUCAUUUGUUUUUGCAUGGUAGGAAUAUGGGCUUCGAACCGGGGCAAGCCUUGGGUAAGAAACGAACGUUCGCUCAAGCCGAGUUGGAGACGGAUGCGUCACGUGCCUCGGGAUCGGCGUCGGGAUUGGGCGAGGAUGAUCGACCGAAAGGGUUGGGGUUUCGAAAUGAAGCUGGGACGGCGAAUACGGGGACCGGUGAAAUGACGGGGCUAGGGAAGAAGGGUGGGCAUCAGCCGAGGUCGGAACCGAUUGGGUUCGAGAUUCGGCAGAGUGAGUGACGAGGAUCUUUCUCUCUUCCGACUUGAACCUCUUUCCCUCAAAUCAGUUCACUGACGACCCUUGACGAACAAAUUCAAAAAAGAACGAACCGGCCUCGGUAUACCCCAACCCAGUACACGACCAAACUUCUCCUUCCUCAACCUCAAGAACGGCUCCUCCACAAUCGAUCCCCGCCCAUUGGAAAACGUCGACUCGUACCUCGCCAACGUCAAAGCCAUCCUCGACUCGCGAAGAGCAUUCGGAUACCUACGAUCCUUGAGAAGGACGCUGGAGACGUUGGAUAGAGGAGCUGGAGUGGAGGAUUCGGUCAUGUGGAAGGAUCCGGACGAGGGGGAGCAGGAUGUGGAGGAGGGCUCGGGUUUGGCGAAAAAGUCGAUUUUUGGAAGGGAGAAGAUUUUGGGAAGGGAGAAGAUUUGGGCUUUGGGCGAUCGGGAGGAGGAGGAGGAACGAGGGGAGGUCGGACGGACGAAAGGUGGUGGAUCUUUGGCGUAUGCGAGAGGACUCAACAAUGUGGUCGUGGAGCUGGAGGAAGACGAAGAAGCGGGGCAAGGGGAAAAACCUGACCCUGCGGCAGUGGAAGAAGCCCGUGAACGAGCAGAGUGGAUGGCACUGGAUACUCGCACACGACUGGCGUAUACGCUUUCGUACCUCAGGAGGGAGUAUCAGUACUGCUUCUGGUGUGGGUGUAGGUAUGAGGGAAAAGAGGAUCUGGAGGCGAAUUGUCCGGGGGAGAAUGAGGAGGAUCAUUGA